AUGCAUGAAUAUAUGUGUUUAUCUCUACUGAUUUACAGUCUAGUGGAGUCAGAGCUGGAGAACAAUCAGGCUCAGCUUUCACGGUUCCAGCUUCACUUGGGCUCUGUGAAGGAAGACAUUCAGUUCAUGGAGGAGAAGCUGCGUAGUGUCAUCAUGGCCUGCAAAAAGAAUCAGGAAAGUAUAAACAAGGUUAAAGCUUCCAUAAUCGAACUUAAGAACAUUGAAGAGGCGCAUGCUGAAGACAUCAGCUCCCUGGAAGAAGAAGCACAAGAAAAUGAACAGAAGAUCGAAUCGGAGAGGAAAAACUUGAAAGAGGCUCAGGAUGAGUUAAAGAAACAUGAGAGAGUGCUUAUGAAUAUUAAUCAGAAAUAUAAAGAUGUGAAAAAAAAAAUGGAGCAACUCUCAGAUGAGACAGAACAACUGAAG